GUCACCGCUGUCUUCUGACGAGUCUGCUACCUGUCACUCACACUGUCGCUAUGUCUCUCUGUCUGUCUGGGGGAUUGAUGAUGAUUGGUAAGGACUCCCCGAGAAAUGAUUUGACAUCAAACUGAGUAAAAUUUGAUGUGUGUGUGUGUGUGUGUGUGUGUGCGUGCGUGCGUGUGCGUGCGUGCGCGCGAAAGAGAGAGAUGUCAACCCAAUAGAACAUCCCUGAUAGGCUAUGUAUCUGUGACUACCAUCACCUCAGACAGACACAGAGAGAGAGGGGUACCAAUCCGGUACCUGUUAGAGCGCUGAUGCCAGUUGAUCAGAUUGUCGGUGGCGGGGCUGGGUUAUCUCCGAGUGUGUGACACACACUACUGGCUUGGCGUGGACCAUUCUACACACUCAAACACGCAGCUGGAGAGGGGCGUAGUGUAUGAAUGUGCGUGCGUGUGUUUGGACGGGGAGUUGGCGCCUGGCAAUGGACACCUACAGAACACACGCCGCGUUGAUUUUACUGUUAUUAUCAUCGGAUAUUUGUCUGCCGUCGCAGUUUCCAACACAACUCAUAAUAAAGGAAUGGGUGGAUCAGAUGCAGAUAGAGCUGGUGACCCUGGCAGACAUGGCCAGCGCCGGGAAGAACCUCACACAGAUCUUCCUGGACAACCAGAACCUGUACACAGUAGAGUCGAAUGAUGCUGAGGAACUAGUGGCUAGGGCAGCCAGGAAUAUAGAACAGCUGCUACUGAAGAGGGCUGCAGCUCUGGAGACUCUGGCCACAUUUGCUGAGAAUUUCCAGAUGGAACACCAGUGGAAGGAUGAGUAUGCGGAUGGUGACAUUGUUUACUACAAUGCAAAGGACAAUUUGGAGGUGAAUGAGACAGAGGGUCGGAAGAACCGGAUCAGGCCAGCCUUUAAGGAAGAUAUGUUGUUUAAACGCCUCACCUCUCACAACCACACUGCUGUACACAUCCCUACUGACAUCUACGAUGGCUCCACCAUCGUGCUGAAUGAGUUGAACUGGACGGAGGCACUGGAGGGUGUGUUUAAGAAGAACAGAGAGGAUGACCCUACUCUGCUCUGGCAGGUGUUUGGUAGUGCUACUGGACUGGCCCGAUACUACCCAGCCUCUCCAUGGAUGGAUGCUCGGAAGACCCCCAGUAAGAUCGACCUGUACGACGUACGCAGGAGACCCUGGUACAUUCAGGGAGCUGCCUCUCCCAAAGACAUGCUGAUCCUAGUGGACGCGAGUGGCAGUGUGUCUGGUCUGACUCUGAAGCUGAUCAGGACCUCUGUCGGUGAGAUGCUGGAGACUCUGUCUGAUGAUGACUAUGUCAACGUGGUCUAUUUCAACACCAGGGUGAAUAACACGGCAUGCUUUGACCACCUGGUCCAGGCCAACGUGAGGAAUAAGAAGAUCCUGAAGGAUGCGGUUCAGAACAUCUCUGCUAAAGGCAUCACCAACUACACCAAGGGAUUUGAGUUUGCCUUCGAACAGCUCUAUGCAACCAACAUCACUAGAGCCAACUGUAACAAGAUCAUCAUGCUGUUCACUGAUGGAGGAGAGGAGAGAGCGUCGGCCAUACUGCAGAAAUACAACGCUGACAAGAAGGUGCGUAUCUUCACCUUCUCAGUGGGUCAACACAACUAUGAUAAAGGUCCAGUCCAGUGGAUGGCCUGUGCUAAUAAAGGAUACUUCUAUGAGAUUCCCUCUAUUGGAGCCAUACGCAUCAACACUCAGGAGUACCUGGAUGUCCUGGGCAGACCCAUGGUUCUAGCUGACCAGCUGGCCAAGCAGGUCCAGUGGACUAAUGUCUACCUUGACGCUCUGGAGCUGGGUCUGGUCAUCACAGGAACCCUACCUGUCUUCAACAAGACCAAGUAUAAAGAUGAAUCGGGUUUAGAGAUUCAGAACCAGUUGAUCCUAGGGGUGAUGGGGAUUGAUGUGUCGCUAGAUGACAUCAAGAAGCUCACACCGCGCUACACUAUUGGACCUAAUGGCUAUUAUUUUGCCAUUGACCCCAAUGGAUAUGUACUGCUACACCCCAACCUCCAACCUAAGAAAAGGAUCCGUAACCACAAGACAAGACUCAAUAAGCCGUAUGCCAUCACACUCCAUGAGGAACCUGUCACUCUGGACUUCCUCGAUGCUGAACUGGAGAACGACAUCAAAGUCCAGAUCAGGAGAAUGAUGAUAGAUGGGAACCCAGGUGAAGAGACCAUAGAGACUCUAGUUAAAACUCAGGAUGAGAGAUACAUCGACAGAGGAGUAAGGACGUACACCUGGGCUCAGGUCAAUGGAACAGACUACAGCUUGGCCCUGGUCCUGCCUACCUACAGUGAACACUACAUACAGGCCAAACUGGGAGACACCAUCAGACAGACCAUGGCCAUGGACACUCUGCGGGUGGAGAUGUUUGAUGAGUUGGGAUACACCUUCAUCGCCCCAAGGGAGUACUGCAAAGGCUUGAAAGACAACGACAACAACACCCAGUUCCUCCUGGACUUCAACCAGUUCAUAGACAGGAACACACUGGAAGAGCCAUGUAAUGUGACUCUGGUCAGUAGGCUGCUGUUGGACGCUGGGUUGACUGCUGAUCUGGUCAAACUGUGGAAGGAGCAGUCAUUGGGUGGGAUUCUGGCCAGGUUUGUAGCCACUGAUGGAGGGAUCACCAGAGUCUAUCCCAGAAGUGCUGGAGAGGAGUGGACAGAGAAUGCUGAGACCUAUGACUCAAGUUUCUACAAGAGGACUCUGGAUAACAACAUCUAUAUUUUCACCGCUCCAUACUUCAACAAGAGCAGGGAGUCAGGCUAUGAGUCAGGUAUUCUGGUGAGCAAGGCUGUAGACCUCAACAUAGAUGGAGUCAACCUCAAACCAGCUGUGGUGGGGGUGAAACUGAACGUCUCCGCCUGGAUGAACAACUUCAUGAACGCCACCAUCAAAGUCAACUGCAAGGAUGAAAUCUGUGGCUGUCUGAAGAAUAAUAAGCACGUUGACUGUGUCAUCCUGGAUGAUGGCGGCUUCCUGCUGAUGUCCAAUCAGGAUGAGUAUAUCACUCAGAUUGGUCAGUUCUUUGGGGAGGUAGACCCAGUCGUGAUGAUCAGUCUGGUCAACACGUCUCUGUACUCCUUCAACAAGACCUACGACUACCAGUCAGUCUGCGAUCCUGAGAGAGACAGCAAGGCUGCUGCAGGGCCACGAUCUGUCUAUGUGCCCACUAUAGCAGACAUGCUGAGUAUAGGUUGGUGGGCCUCCACUGCUACCUGGUCGAUAAUGCAGCAAGUCUUCUACGGUCUCAUAUUCCCCAGCUUCGUAGAGGCAGUGGACUCAGAUGAUGACAUGUCAGCUAACAUGUUUAAGGAGAGUUGUAUCACAGAGCAGACUCAGUACUUCUUCGACAACGAAGAGAGAUCCUACUCGGGAGUCCUUGACUGUGGAAACUGCUCCAGGAUGUAUCGAGCUGAGAAGCUGCCCCACACUAACCUGGUGUUUCUGAUCACUGAUGCCAAGGCCACCUGUCUGUCUUGUGACCCCAGACCACUAAGACAAGCUGAGCAACCCUCCCAGGGUCCAGACCCAUGUGAGCUGGCUCAGAACCCCAGAUACAGGAAAGGACCUGACGUGUGUUUCGACAACAACAUAGACGACGAGCCCCUGUGUCCAAUCAGCGGUAUCUCUGGUCUGAGUCCUGUCCCCCUCCUCCUGUUGCUGCAGGUGUUGAUGCUGGGCCCAGGGAGGAUGAUUCUGACUGUGGGGGCGGGACCUCUCUAAGCCCCUCUCUCUGGCCCUUGUUGGGGCUCCAACUACUGCUGCUGUGGCUCCUCACUGGCUCCCGAGACUCAUGACCCCUACACAAACACACAAAUGCACACACACACACACAUACACACUCACAUCUCACUAAGACAGUGUUUUACAUUGGACUGUUUUCUGACGAUCCAUCCCCUGAACGUAAUCACUGAUGUGUUAACUCACUGCCAGUAUGGAAGAGGAGUCACUCUCCUGUUCUCCCAUCAUUCUCCAAUGCCAAAGGGUGCUCUCUCUCAUCGCUCACUUCUCUUCUCUACCAUGUUUCAAUUGCCUGAGAUAUUCUAUUCUAUUCUAUGGUGCAACAGUAAGAGCUAACCAAACCCUUUAAUUCUGUAGUAUCUAUGUAUUGGUUUGAGUCUGAGGGAGGUUGAGUGGCUGUCCUUUCAUGCCAACAUAUUAUUUUUCACUGACAGCAAAUGAUUUGUGUAUGCCUAGUUGUUUGUAUUAUUGUUGCUUAUGAUAUUUAUUAUAUGUAGAAAAAGAUCAUUAUGAAGACAACAAAACGCUGUAACUGAAAUGGACAGCAAAGUUCUCAAUAAUCCAACUGUUCCAGGUCAACCAGGAGCGAGUAAAUAGAUGCAGUAGACUAGAGUAGGGUUCACUCAACAGAGAGCUGAACAACACUAACUAUGACACCAAAUAAAGCUCAUUAGAGUAAUGGGGAUAGUUGGCCCAUGAAAGAGACUCUGAUAACAUGGUCAAAUCCUACUUUAAUAUCGUUAUGUCCAUGGUACCAAUCUAUGACCUGAGCCAAAUACUUCCUAAAUACUUUUGGUGUGCUUCAUUUAGGUUCACUUGCUGAGUGAGCAUGGUUGUACUUUUGGGACUAUUCCAUUGGUUCCAUUGCACCGGGAAAGUGAAAUCUAGUGCAACUCAAGUGAUACACUAUCUAUUUGACCCAGGUCUUUAUAGAUACAUAUACAGUAUAGCUUCAUUUGAUGCAUCAGAUUCCUAGUGCCUAUGUAGCGUCAACAUCCCAUUCAUAUAUCCAGAGUUAAUCUUUGAUGGGGAGUCAUUGGAAUGAUGUCCCAAUGUGUCCCAGUUGCACGCCGUACAGUAUGCUAUGUGUAGUAGUAGAGCAGGAGCAGUAGCUCAGAGAUGUGUUUCCUAUGUUACAUAACUAGCUGGUAUCUAUCUAGCCUGGGUGUCAGUCUCAUUCACCUUCAGACUGCCAGACAGACUUGAACCCACCUCUGUAGAACAAUGUGCUCCUGAAGUUAGUUUCCUCUGGAUCCCCAGACUCAGGAUUUCAGCAAAGUGAAAGACAGAAAAGCUUUCCAAAAGACUACAGGAGUUUGUAUCACAUGCCCUGGUGAGCAGACAACUGGAGAAUGAUAUCAGCAUAUACAGUAUAAAGACUGUUUCUUUUCCGUCUUCUUCUACUGCUUGUUUCUUCUUUGUGUUGCUCUCUAAGUGCUGUCAACGAGACGCUGAAAGCUCGGUGUCAGAAUGCUGCAAUGUGACGGGAUGAGUCUGUUCGAUGUUGGACGCUCCUCAAACCAUGGAUAAGUCACUGUUUGGCCAUGAUGGAGAGGACCAAGGUACAGGCACUGUUACCACAGACCUGAACCACAGACAGUUUCAAGUCCUACCCCACUCUUAUCCCAACCUUACCAAAAGUUAAGUUCACUGUAAACUACACAUUACAAAAAAGCAGCACUGUAACCCUAACCCAAAAUGAAGAACUAACAGCUCAUGUUAUGUCGUUUUUACAUCAGGGCCUAUCGCUGCCAGUGUUGUCCUUUCUGCCAUGGCCAUCGUGUGACUAAAUGGUUUGGCGUUCAGGAUCAUGCCUGUUUAUCGGAGUCACGUGUUGACGUGUGUAUAACACCAAGAACAUUAUGUAGCCCUGGUACAGGCAUGUCCCUGGGGAAAUCCUUGAUUGUGCUUUAAUACAUGACUUACUCUUUUGUGUAACUUGACUAGCCUGAUUACAUUUUGUAUACAUUUGUACAAUAAUGAUAUUUACUGUAAAAAAAGAAAAGGAAAAAAAGAAAGUGAAAAAAGGAGCUAUAAUGUUUAUAUAACAUGGUUGUGAUUCUUGUGCAAAUAUGAAGUAUUCACAAUAAACGUAUAGUAUUGU